GUGGUUUGUCUACUCGGAGUUUGAUGGCACCACCUGUGAAGCGGAAAGCUUAAACCACAAUGAAGAGCUCUACCCGGCUGGCUACUGUGUGGACAGGUCCAGUGACGCACCCCUUUCUGCGAUUGCAACCCCGGUCAACAGCACCACCUUCCAGUUCGACAUAUACUUGAGCAACGACUGCACCGGCAGCGUCAUGGGGACUCUGGUUGGGCCAUCCAGUGCUUGUGACCCACUUUCGGCCCCCGACAAAAGCCUCCUCACCUCAGAUGACACCAUUGCGGCUGUCAUCGACAUGCGUGCUUGCAUGGAUGAGGAAUUGGGAACAAGGCGCAUGCUCUAUCCGCUGGAUACAUGUAUCAAGCUUGCAGGCAUGGACUCGUAUCCGGGGAAGUUCACCUGCAUCGAUGGACAGCUUCGCGUCCUUCCCUUCGAUGACCCAGCCUGCACUGUGGAGGCGGCUGAUGGUGCGUAUGCAAUUGCGGAGAAGCUCACGUUCGCAGAGCCGGGCACCUGCAAGACGGUGACGCUCCCAUGGGGUGAGAUGUCCAUCGGGCUCUACAGUGCCGUCUGUUGA